GGGGACCGCUCUUGGUGGGGAUGGAAACGCAUGCCUCUAGCGAUGCGGGGGCAAAACGUAAGGAAGGGCACCCGGACGGCCAGCGGGAAAUAAUUCAUUCUCCAUUCGCCGGCAAACGCUCGAAUCGAGAAGGUUACAGCGUGAACAAAACACGUAAUUCGAGCCAAUACAAAGGCUACUCUGAGCUGACCGGAGUUGUUUGGUGUGAAAUCAAGUGAGUCGGUGCGUGAAACACCUGACGACGGUCGGCCCUCUUUCCUCUUGUAUAAGUGAGAACUCUGUCGAUAUAAUACGUCGUGAACUUUGUUUUUCCUGCAUACUCGCGACAAGUCUCCGAUAACCGAAACGUAAUCGGCUUUAUUUUGGAAGCGGGUCAAAGUGAGCCGUGACCGACCUAUCUCAACAUUUCGAACAGUUAGUUGGUCAUGAACGAUUAUUAUUCGUGCAAGGUUAGUCAGUUUCUACAGAGCUUCGUUACCGUUUUCGACGAGUAACCUGAUUUUCGAACAAUUGAUCUGUCAGUGUUUUGGAGAAUUGCAUGCUGUUUGAGCCGAAAUGUCGGCUAAAAGGAAGGCCUCCGCUAUUAUUCAACAUCACAAGGAAAACCUGCCAACACCUGAGUCGUCCGAAGGAAACGAUGAUGAUCAUUACGGAGGAUCUGGGGCUAUGAAAGACAGCGACAAGCUCAAGUUGAUGCUAUUGGCGUGGAACUACCACAAUAAUCAAGGAAAUAGGAAUGGUAAUAGUGAUAAUAUCACAGAUUUAUCUUCGGUUCCCGGAAGUGAAGAAAUGGUUGGGCUGUGGGCACAGUAUCAUUCUGCGUUAGGUUUGGCCAAAGGAAAAGCAACACCGCCUACAAUAAGGGAUAAUUCUAGUCCGGUCAAUGCAGAAACAGGAUCGGCCCACGAUGAAACAAGCUCGAGCGGCAAUAAAGAAGAUGAGGACGACGACGAUGAUGAAAUCGACGACAAAAUAGACACGCAUACCCACGACCCUGAAAGGUUGAAAGCGUUCAAUAUGUUCGUAAGACUAUUUGUUGAUGAAAAUUUAGAUCGAAUGGUUCCUAUUAGUAAACAACCUAAAGAAAAAAUACAAGCCAUAAUUGAUUCGUGUACAAGACAGUUUCCGGAAUUUGCAGAAAGGGCGAGAAAAAGGAUCCGUACUUAUUUAAAAUCCUGCAGAAGAAACAAAAGAGCUAGGGAUCCAAAUUCGUCAUGGGAUGCGACAAGACCAACCCCAGCUCACCUCACUUCCGUACAAGCAGAGCAAAUUUUAGCAUCAGCAUGUGAAAAUGAAAGCCACAAUGCCAAAAGGAUGAGGUUAGGAUUGGAACCUGUGAGUCAGCCGAUGCCAGUGUUACCUGGUAUACAGCCCACUGAUACGACAGCACAGAUAAAUAGGGGGUUAGAUUUUUCGAACAACUCUUCUAUCAAAAUGGAAAGUGAUAUUGUACCGACCGGUUUUCCUUCAUCCACCACACCUUCAAGCACUCCCAAUUCGAUAACCAAAGUCUUAUCAGCAACGCCGGAUAUGAAAACGUCGCUCAAAUUAAUAAUAAAUAAUUACCAGACUACAGAAGCACAAACUAACUCAAUUUACGUAAUGUACAUGAACCAUAACAAAGUUUGUGAUUAUUGUGAUAUUUUCUCUAGUAAUCUGAUUGGGUUGGAAAAUAAGUCGAGAGCCUAUAUUCAAUGUCCCGCUGAUCUCAGUAUGAAGCAGAAGCCUCUUUUGAACCACAAACUUAGUUCUGGUGAAAUGACUGCUGUUCGACAACUCAUCACCGGAUAUCGCGAAUCGGCAGCUUUCUUGCUACGAUCAGCAGAUGAGCUGGAGCAACUCCUGAUGCAGCAACAGUAGUGUCCUAAUGUUAGAACUUAAACAUGCCAUAUGAAGCAAAGGUUGACCUGUCUCCGUUAGGACGCCACAAGUCAGAAAUAAAAGGAUGAAUGAAAUUAAAAAUAGGUUUGAUGUUAGACUGUUAUUCUCAAAAAAAAUUGGAAGUGAAUUUAUCGUCACCUGUAUUGUUCCAUAUUGGAAAUAUUGUAAAAUGGUCCGUUAAAGUGUUCACCUCUUGAAUAACUCUCUCCAUAAACAUAUUUUAUAUUGAAAACAUCAGUUCCAUAUGAAAUCUGCUAGGAAAGGUCUACUUAUUUACUAUUAAAUUGUACAAUUUCAAAGGAAGUGUAAGUAUCCUUUUUUCAUGAUAGCCUACUUGAGGAACCUGCUAGCUCUUUAACUUUUCUAAGUAAAGUCAUGAAAGUCCCAGUUGGUGAAAAAUUUAUAAACAUCCAUCUAUGUGCGAAAGUUCAAAAAGUGGUAAUUGGAGAGCUAGUCAUUUGCAGUACUAGUUUUAUUCUAGUCAGAGGGCAAAGUGUAAUUUUAGGUUCUUGUUAUUAUAUAUCUUUUUAUAAAAAAGUUUUUAUUUUGAUGUCGAUAUUUAUUUUUGUGCAAUUUAUUCAGUUUUCUGAAAACAUAUUCAGAAUGAGGUAUGAAAAUAUACACCUAUUUUAUAUGAAUUUACCAGCUACUGAAACUGAACAUUUUCAUUUAAUUUGUUCGUUCAAAAAGUUUUGAAUAUUUAUUUGCCAAAUGGGACUUUCACUAAUAAUUUUAUAUAAUU